UCGGACAUUCGGUCUCACGUGAUACGCCGCUACGAAUUUGAUCGCUGCCGUCGUCAGACAGAGGCGUAUAUAUUUUGCGUAUGCGAGAAAGGUAUUUCAAGAUUUACAAGUAAUUAAUUGGCUCGUUGAACUUACACUUUCUUUCUUUCUCAUUUCACUAUUUAUCGAUUAUUGACUUUAAUCACAACACAUGGAUCGAUAAUCUGCGAAUUGAGGUUACCACGGAUUGGUAACGGUGCGAAUCGAUGCGAAUUCUAUCUCUUGAGAACGUGCGUUAUUAUAAUCAUUAAUACUUUAUAUACGUAUAUAAAGCCCGACCUUAUGCCCAGAGAUGUAUUUGACAAGUUGCAUUGGACAUAAUUCUUUGUUGAUUAAUCUCUUUGUACACUUGUCAUUUUUCUAUCAUGCGUCAACAGGACAAAAUAAUAAUAUAAAUAAAAGUAGUAAGAAUAAUGUAAUGUCGCAAAAUAAUGUCCCAAAACUUUCUUCAAUAAGCGACGUGGAAUUACAACGAAUAACAGAAGAGUUAUUUCGAAGAAAUACUUGUUGCAUUUAUGGAAAUAUAACCGUGAGUUAUCAAGGAUGGAUAAAAGGAGAUAAUAUAACGGAUAAUGCUCCAAAACCAUUAUUGAGAGUUUCGUCAAACGUUUCCUCACACCCGACAAUAAAAAAAUUGAACAAACUCUUUGACAAUUAUGAAUUAGAUAUCAGCAAAACAGAAGUUGUGACGAGAGAAGAAAGCGCGGAGGAGGAUGAGUUCAUUGAUGCUCUUGCAUCGUCGGACAUAAUAACAUCGGUUAUGAAUUUUCUUGCUACAAAAGGAUACUUUGCCAUGAAUCCGCAAACGUAUAAAACUAUACUAAAGUCUAUUUGGUUUCAUCCUUACUCACGAAUUAAAGGGUCGAUUGGUAGUUCAGGAUUUGAGCAUGUAUUUUUAGUAGAGAAAAAAAAGGAUAACAGUAUCGUCGGCCUACACAAUUGGAUCUAUUUUGCUAAGCAAGAAUCAUUAAAUAAUCUCAAUUAUCUCGGUUAUGGGCGCAAAGUUCUUCUCGAUAAUAAAGCUGCACUCGCAAAAUUACAUUUCAAUUAUAAAGAGCAAUAUAAAGCGUCGACUAUGUUCAUUGGAACAUUACCAGAAUUAGAUAUGGCAGUUUAUACGCUAUGUUUUUAUGCCAGACCAAAUGCAAAGUGCAGAAUCUCCUUCGCUGGGCAUAAAUUUAAUAUCCAAACGUAUACGUGGCAACGAAAUAAUGAAAAUUUCGUUGGAGCAGCAUUUCCUCUCAUCUGAUGACGACGACGACAACGAUGACAACGACGACAACGACGAUAUAUAAGAAAAAUAUAUGUUCUCCGUUAUUAUUAUUGAUAAAGUGUGCCCGUAACCACAUGAUCGGAACUUUCUGCAAUACCAAGAAUCUUUUCGAGUUCGUUGACUCUCGUUUGUAACGCCAAUUUUUCUUUUUUACAAUUUGUAAACUCUUUGAGUAAUCUGAAAAGAUUAAAGUUUUAAGCCGUUUUA